CGGUGAAAGGUUACGAAAUGGCGGCGAGCACGCGGAGUGUCGUCCUUUCUUUGUACAAGAAGAUCCUGCGAGAAAGCAAGAAUUUCUCCAGUUACAACUUCAGGAUGUAUGCCCUGAGAAGAACUAGAGAUGGCUUCAGAGCCAACAAAGACGUAACAGAUCCUGCUAAAAUACAAGAACUAAUCAAGCAAGCUGAGGACAGCUUACAAGUAAUAAAGAGACAGGUUGUGAUAGGACAGCUGUACAGUACAGACAAACUGGUGAUAGAGAAGGACACACAGAGUUAGCAGGGAGGAUGUCUACAGCUGUGGAAGUCCCAUGCCUCAGGACAACACUCGUCAAAGUCAUGGUUCAUUCAGAUGGAUUUGUAGUAUUUCUUGUUUUGUGGCAUCCACUGGUGGUGCCAAGCACAGGGUAUCAUGGGAGCUGCAUCCGCUGGCAAAUGCAGUAUAUAUGGACUGUUCCAUUAUGUAUACCUAUAUAUCUCACAAUAUGAAUGGGGAGGGGUUUAUUGCAACAGGUUAAAUCUUUGUACUAGUAUCCUGUGUAGCAUAAUAUUGAGACCGUUUAGACAAUGAGUCAUCUACUAGGAUCAUUUUUAUUCAAAUGUUAAACAAAUACAUUUGUAUACAUUUGUAACACAUAUGCCUGGCUAUGUCAACAGUUGGAAUGACACUCGGCAUUCCAAAACAAACUGCAUUUUUUUCAAUGCAUGUUUAUCAUUUGUUGACUUCCUUUUUUUUACUUUUCUCAGGAAAACCUUUGAAACUUUGAAACUUUAUUUCUUUGAAACUUUGAAACUUUCAGUUCAAUUCAGUGUCAGUCUUCCUGUCAACAGACUAAAUUUUGCCGCAUAGGGCAGAAAAGAUUUCAACCAUUUUGACCUGCUUGAGGGACAAAACUUCACAUGGACACACCUUUUGAAAUUGCUUAAAUUGCAACAAAAAUAAUAUAGGCUCCAGUUAAGUUGAUAUUCGCCAGUUUGUUGGGUUUAACAUUUUUUGCCAUAGACUGUAUGAAGUCCUAUGACAUUCUAUUUUUUUGUAAGUUACAAUGUAUCUGUAUAGUUUCUGAUUGAACCUCCUCCCUCAUCAUUAUGUAUACUAGCCCUAGCCUUAUCACUACAUGUCAAUAGCUGUACAUACAAUUCAUAUUAUGUUAUGGAUCUAAUGUGAUCAUAUUGAAUCACUGUUUCUGUCAGAAAUGUUAUGUUUAAGACAUAACUGUCAAGUAUAAUUAUGGCCACAGUAAUUGUUGAUAUUUACAAGAUGACUAAAUGAGACAAAAUGGUUGAGUUCUAGCAGAAAAUGAUGUACGAAGCAAUCAAGACAGUUCACUGCACAGGAGUGUUGUAUUUGUAUUACUGUAAGUAGUAAUGUUAUUUUUAGAGUUUGUACUAAGGUAACUCUCUGCUAAGCUGGAGGAUGGAAUUAUUUGUAUGUCAAAUAUUCUGAAGAAAGUGAUUACAUACAAUGCAGAACUGCAGAUCUUAAGUGGAUAGGGAUUUGAACAUAAACCUGAACUGACAAAACAGCUAGUUUGAUAUAGUCUCUACCAGACUAACUACUCUGGCUAUAUAUAGGAGAAUAUUUGCCAGGGGAGUUUGGCUGCCUUGCGGUUUGAGUGGAAAGAAACAACCUCUGUUUCUUGAGUGGAAAGAAACAACCUCUCCUUUUGCGAUCCGUAUUCCCAUAGAAAAGCCUGGUGGGGGCUAAGUUUGAUAAGUGGGAAGUUUGAAAAGGGAUUUCCAUUAUCAUUCUGUGUCGUGUCUUUAUUGCUGAUACAGCCAGCUGAUUACAAAUUAAGCUUCUCUCUAAAAAAAACUAUGGCAUCGUGUAUGAAUACACAUGUGAGUACCACCUUUAGAAAAUAGUAGAAUGUAUUAGAUUAUUAAGCAGAAACGUACAAUAAAAAUCAUUAUGAAAAGUAGAAUCACAGUCUAUGCAGUCAUUCAUGGAUGAGACCUUU